AUGGCUGAUCACUCUGACCGCUCUAAUCAUUUCUAUUCAUCAUCACCAUGUUUCUUCCGAUUCAACCAUAUUUCACCAUCUUCAAACCCUUCUUCAUAUCACCACCAUUACCCUUUUCUUCAUCGCCACAGCAACAAUCACACCUUUUUCCAAUAUCAUCAGAUUCCUACUUCUCUACCACCUGUUCCUCCUCUUAGAGAAGAACUACCCCUUUUAAGCUUAAUCCCAGAAAAACAACAACAACAUGAGGAAGAUAUCCAAUUCCUUCCUUGCACUGCCAUAGAUUUUGAAGAUGUUACCGUUGCACUUCACAUGGGUUUGCCAAACCCCAGUGCUGCUGAAAUGGCUUCUCUACUUUCUUCAUCAAAUAACUCCUCAGAGAUCACUGUCACUGAUAAAGAGCACGGUGAUGAUUCUUCUUCCGGAUUCAUGAUGCUUCAUAAUAACACCCUUAACAAAGGACAGUAUUGGAUCCCUACUCCUUCUCAGAUUCUCAAUGGUCCAACUCAGUUUUCUUGCACUGUUUGCUCCAAAACUUUCAACAGAUAUAACAACAUGCAGCGCAGUGGAGAAAGUCUUUGA